UUUUUGAGAAAAAAAUAUUUUAAAUGUGACUUGUGGAUAGAGGCAUAACCGAGGGGAACAGUUGUAUUUUUCUACUUUUUGGAUUCUAAUUUUGUUAUUUAUAAAAAAAUUUUUUUUUUCUUGAGGGCUUCCUAGAGCAAUGCCGUCGCCGUCGUGAAUUAUUCCCAGAAGAAAGAAUUUUACGAAUUUUUGGAAAUUUGGAAUUAAUUUAUUCUUUACACACAAAUAUAUUUAAAGAAUUAUUAAAUGUAUUGGAUGAAGAAAAGCCUGAAUCGACUUGUUUGGCUAAUGUUUUUCUUAAAAAUCCAACAAUUUGGAAUUUACACAGAUUAUUGCAAUAAUCGAACACUUUCGUGUACUGAACUUGCACAGCUUGAACAACAAUCACAAUAUUUUCACUUUUUUGAGGCUUGCCGUCUUUUACGUGCCUUGCCAAAACUUUCAUUGGACGCAUUUUUAUUAACUCCAGUUCAACGUAUCUGUCGUUAUCCUCUUCAACUUUUGGAACUUUUAAAAGCUACACCUCCAAACCACCCGGAUAGAUUGGCAUUAGAAUUAGCUCAACGAACAAUGAAAUUAAUUGCCUCAAAAGUUAAUGAUGGAAAAAGAAGAGUUGAUGCUAUACAAAAAAUUUGGUUAUGGCAAAAUAGUGUACAUGGAUUUAGAGGCCCUAACCUAAUAGAAAGUAAUCAUCGUCUUCUAAUUAACGGAGAAUUACAAUGCCGUGCUUUAUGGAAUGGACAAUUACAAUGGUCAAAAAAUGGAUUAAUAAUUUAUUUAUUUGAUCAAACAAUUGUUUUGUGUAAAAGGGAUGUUUUGAGAAGGAGUAAUUUAAUUUUUAAAGAAAGAAUGGGUAUGGGUGGAACUACUUUGUAUGAUUUACAUGAUGGAAAAGGUGUGCUUGCUUUUUUGUGAUUUAAAAAAAAUUUAUUUUCUGAGUGAACGGGAUAGGACGGGUUGAGAAAAUUCCUCG